AUGAUUAUGCAACUGGUACUUCUGGCCAUUCUGUUGAUGUGGUCAAUAAAAGCAUCGGCACGAUCUCCAUCUCUAGCCAAGCCAAACUGUCAAGCCUUCUGUGGAGAAAUCAGCAUUCCAUUCCCUUUUGGAAUCGGACCAGGCUGUUAUUCCCACGAAUGGUUUGAAAUAGUUUGCAAUGGAACUUUCAGCCCUCCAAAAUCUUUUGCAAAAAGCAUUAAUCUGGAGGUGCUGAACAUUUCAAUAGAAAACAAUGGAAUUCAUGUCAAUCUGCCAAUAACUUCUUCUGGUUGUAACGGUGCAACAACGAGCAGUGUACACAUUAAUUUGGAAUCCAGCCCUUUUGCAUUCUCCCAAAGGACUAAAUUCACUGCCAUUGGGUGUGAUAAUCUGGCCUUGUUAAGCGAAAACAGCACAGUUAUUGGCGGGUGCAUGCCACUUUGUGACCAGAACGAGAAAGUGAGUGCAGAUGGUUACCUCGGCGUCAACUGCUGCCAGGCCACCAUCCCUUCAGAUCUAAGGGAAUACAACGCAAGCAUAGGGGGCAUGAAUAACAACGAAGGCAGUAAGGGAUGCAAGUAUGCCUUCUUAGUGGACCAACAAUGGUUUGCAGCCAAUUUUGCACAUCUGCAAGCUGUGAAUAAAAUGGAAUCUGUUCCUGUCGUGCUAGAAUGGUGGCUAGAUAGAUGGACAUUUGAUUUGCCUUUGCUAGAGAAAUCGCAGGGACAGCAGCAAAACUUUAAUUGUCCAAUGCUCAAUGCUGCCUCAUCUAGUAACAACAGCUCCAAAGUUCAAUGUUAUUGCAACAAGGGUUUUGAAGGAAAUCCUUACCUUCUUGAAGGAUGUCAAGACAUUGAUGAGUGCGAUGUCCCUGGUGCUUGCCCAAAGCCUACGAUUUGCCAAAAUGCGAUUGGCAGCUGGGGUUGCCAUCGACAUGGACAUGUGUUCAGAAAAUCUCCAGUUGCGGUGGGCCUCACAGGUGUUGGCACAAGUUUUGCACUGCUGUUUUGCAUUAUUGGACUGGGGUGGCUGUACAAAGUAGAAAAGAAGAGAAAAAACUUCAAAUUGAAGGAACAGUUCUUUAAAAGAAAUGGUGGUCUUCUGCUACAGCAACAAUUAUGUUCAGGUGAAGUAAAUGUCAACACAACCAAACUGUUUAGGUCAAGCGAACUAGAGAAGGCCACCGACCAUUUUAGUGUGCAUAGAAAGGCUGGACAGGGAGGCCAGGGGACUGUUUACAAAGGAAUGUUGGCAGAUGGAAGGAUUGUAGCAGUGAAGAAAUCGGGAUUGGUUAGCGAAGGAAAACUUGAAAAAUUCAUCAACGAAGUUGUAAUUCUUUCACAAAUUAAUCAUAGGAACGUGGUUAGGCUAUUAGGUUGUUGCUUGGAGACCGAGGUUCCUUUACUGGUCUAUGAGUUCAUCCAUAAUGGAACCCUUUCCCAGUAUCUCCACGAUCAACUCGAGGAGUUUCUGCUAACGUGGGAUAUGCGAUUAAGGAUUGCCAUAGAAGUUGCAGAAGCUCUUUCUUACUUGCAUUCAGCAGCUUCUCUGCCCAUUUACCAUCGUGACAUUAAGUCUUCCAACAUACUCUUAGAUGAUAAGUACCGAGCAAAAGUUGCUGAUUUCGGAAUCUCUAAAUCGGUUGCCAUAGACCAAACUCAUGUGACCACACAGGUGCAAGGCACAUUUGGGUACUUGGACCCGGAAUACUUCCAGUCAAGCCAAUUUACCGAGAAGAGUGAUGUUUAUAGCUAUGGAGUGGUGCUUGUUGAGCUCUUAACUAGACAAAAACCAAACUCUUCAACGAGGUCGGAAGAAGAUGGAAGUUUGAUCUUAUAUUUCAUGCUUUGUUUGGAGGAGAAUCGGCUUCGAGAUAUUAUUGAUGCUGAACUUGUACUGCAGGCUCAGAAAGAGGUAAUCGUGGCAGUUGCCAAGGUUGCUUAUAAAUGCCUCAACAUAAAUAGGAAGAAAAGACCGACCAUGAAAGAGGUCACGAAGGAGUUGGAGGACAUUCAAAUAUUACAGAAUGAUUUCAAUGCCAAUCCACAGAAUUAUGAAGAUGCUGAACACCUUCGGUGUGAUUUAUCGGAGAAAGGCGAUGCUCUUUCUCCUUCAAACUCAAUUACUAGGUAAAAUGUUGGUAAAGUUAGAUGAUUUCUUUCUGUA